AAUAGCUAACUUAAACAUCCAACUGUAUUGUGACUGACAAAUGUCAGGAUUUGGCCUAGAAGAGAUAGGCAUCCCAGGGGGUGCUUAUCUUAAAGAUUCACUCAGCCACUGCACUGAUCCUCUGAAGGCCAUUGAAGAGUUUCAGGUUGAAAAUGGUAUUUUAUUGCCAUCUCUCCGUCCAAUGUUGCACCUACUGGAUCUUCACAAUGUCAAACGCCUUGAUUUCCAUAAUAGCAUCAUGGAAGAAUUACGUGAUAAGCUCAUAGCUCAGAUCACGGAGCUGGGAGCCAAAGAAGGCAGGGAGAGGGACCGUAAACUCAAGGAGCUGCUCACCAAAAGCUUUCCUGUCAUCAAAAUAAAAGCAUUAAGACCUGUGGUCAUGUGCAUCCUGAAGCACAUGGCUCAUGUUGAGGAAAAGUAUCUAAAAAUAUUGGUUCGAGAUCGCGAGCUGUACGAUGCAUGUGACACUGAGGUCAAGAGACAAAUUUGGAAAGAUUCUCAGGCACUUUUUGGUGACGAAGUGUCACCGCUUCUCACUGGCUACAUCACCAGCAAGGAGGACACUCUUUUCAGUGUUGACAAUCUCCAUAAUCUUUUCUUCAGUCCCUCUCCUAAAGCUCGACGUCAAGGCGAGAUGGUACAAAAACUCGUCCACAUGAUCGGGCGCAACGUCAAACUUUACGAUCUUGUACUGCAGUUCUUGCGAACGCUGUUCUUGCGCACACGAUUUGUCCAUUAUUGUUCAUUGAGAGCCGAGCUGCUGAUGGCGCUACAUGACAAGGAGGUGCACGACAUCACGGCCGUGGAUCCCUGCCACAAGUUUACCUGGUGUCUCGAUGCUUGUAUCAGAGAAGGCAGAGUUGAUGCCAAAAGAUCGCGUGAGCUGCAAGUCUUCUUGGACAGCAUCAGACGUGGUCAGGAACAAGUGCUGGGCGAUCUCUCCAUGAUAUUGUGUGAUCCUUACGCCAUCAACUUCCUUGCUAAUUCCGUCAUCAGGCUCUUGCACCAUCUCAUGAACAACGACCAGAUGCCUAGGGAGAACAGCGUGUUGGUAUUGGUGCUUCGAAUGCUGGCCCUGGGGCUGCACUCCUGGGAUAUGAUCGAAAGUCAGGUCUUCAGAGAACCUAAGCUCGACCCUCAGAUCGUCACGAAAUUCUUACCUGCUCUUGUGUCACUCAUGGUGGACGACGAGGUAAGAAAGCUAAAUUCUAAACUGCCCUUGGACGAGAGAGAGACGGCCAUCGCCGUCAUCGAACACUCGGGUCCACCACCGGACGCUUACCAGGCGUACCUGCAGGAGAGCAGCGUGGCGUGCGUCCUAGCCAUGCACUACACGCUUCACUGCGCCUCUAAGCGCGACCGCGCCGGCGUCAUGCGCGUCCUGGGCACCCUGGCCACAUGCCACCAAGACCGCGCCUUCCACGACACUUUCCUGCACUCUCUUGUCGCGGCGCUUAUCCCCAUGACUGAGGAGUUCGCUCUUGAGGACUUUUGUACUAUUGUGUUUGAUGAAUUCUUUCUAACUAACAUCAGUCGUGAAAAUGUCAUGCGGCACCUCAUGAAGCUUGUGUGGUACGUGCAUCACAAGCUGCCUGACAAUCGUAGGGAGACUCUGCUCAAGGCUCUUCAACCUGGCACCCAUCAGAGUGAGAAUAGCCAGACGCUCUACGAGAAUUUGAGGCGUCGGGUGGCAGCUCACCAGGAGGCACAGAAGCAGCCGCAGCCUUCAGAGAGCAACGACAGCCCGCUGCUCUCGAUGCCAACACCACCUCCAGUAUCUUAAUGAUGACGUCAUCCAAUUAUUCGUCAAUUGGCAACCAACUAGAGAUAUAACAAGCAAUUUGCACGAGGUUUCAAGUGGAUAUUAUUUUAACAAUCUUGAACUUUGUCUCUAAUGGUGAAUAAUACGGUUUACUUUAAUUUAUAUUACAAGGGAUUCAGAAAAUAAGCUUGUAUUGGAUGAAUUUACAAAAAUAAAUCUUGAUGCAAUUUCAAAUUAGUGAGUCGGUUUCGAAAAUUUGCAGGGUAAGCUUUCGCACUAAACGUGUGAGCUUUAUUAGGCGUACACAAAUAAUCUGAGUAAUUUGAGCAUUAUAAGUUUGAGAGAGUUGAUCGUCAUGGAAAUUUGUACGCCCAAGCAGUUCGAGUGUCCGAUGCAAAGAUCAUCUGAAUAAAUAAAUUACAAUGUGCGUACAUAUCCAAAAUGGACUUAUAAUUGCGAGAUUUGGUCUUCGAGCUUGUGACAUUUUUACCUGUACAAUUCACCGGCUCGCGUGCGCCUCGAUAAUAACCGCUGAAUAUAAGUAGGUAUUAAAUACUUUUUCGUUUACGAUUAGCUUUUUGUAAAUCCACUAUUAAUUUUGUACAUCGUACGCACGAUUUUUGUACUUAUCUUAUACAAGUGAACUUGCGUAUGAUGCUUUUGGCAAAUUUUACAAUUUUUGAGCUAAUGGUUGCAUUCACCGAUUCAUUUGUAUAUAAUAAUACUAUAAUUCCUAUAAGUUAUUAUUAGCGUGCGUGGCAUUCUCAGUCGGAUAAUUGAAUGUUUAUUACAUUAUAUUUUCAGUUUCGUUAGCUAACCGCCCUCAUGAAGUUAUCACCUUGCUGGAAAUUUCUUACUCGAUUGUGAUAGUCCUGAAUACGUACCCACGAUUAGAAACCUAAAUUCACUACCUUUCAACUCGGAAAUUGAUUCAAUUUUGGGAAAUGUUACUAUUUCAUAAAUCGAUACCGAAACUAUUUUCUCGUACAUUUCAGUCGCCACGCCGGUUAUGGAUUUCGCGCAGAGUCAAAUUCACUAUUGCACAAGAUUAGUAUCAGUAAUAUUCUCCGAAAAUUUUCAGUUUUCUAUUCCCAUCACAUCCAUUUUAACAUGUGCAACUUCCAAAAACUUUCUUAACUCGGUAUCUAAUCCAUAGCUCGAGGAAUUGUUAAACUCAUUUUUAUUUUGAGCUCUAUCUUAAGAUAUGCCGUUCCCUAGACCAAAAAAAGUACAAUUGCUAUCCUAUUUCGCCGCCCACAACCAUUGUCAAACUCCGUAUCCCUCGCGAGUGAAGUUAUUAUGUGUAAUAGCGAUCUGCAGAUGCAUGAAGGAUGCAAUUUGUCACUGUUCUAAUAUUAUUUUGGCUUCUCCAUCUUUGUUCAGCAGUUUUUUUGCUCAUGCUGCUUGUAUAUUUCCCAAGCCUAAAAUAUUCGUGUAGAUAAUUUCGUAUAGAAUUAUUACACUCCGCACUUAUGACCACAAAGCGGCGUUUCCGCAUGGCUCGAUUUACAAAAUCCAAUUACUUCUUAAUUGCCAUCGCUGUGCCUGGGCUUCCCGACCGUUUUAGAUAGGACAUGUCGGCGUCUUUGCUUCCUUUCUCUUGCCUGUAAAUCGUAAGUAAACGAUCAUAAUUAAUAAUUAAUCAUGUCUCAUGCGUGAACACGCAAUGGGAGAAAAUAGGUUACCGGAAACUCUCGAGUAAGCCAACCCAGUUUACUGUACAAAAUGCAUUAAAAAUACUACCGAGAGAAUCGCUGCGUCCUUUGUAUUUCGUACUUUGGUGAACUAAAUCUCUAAUGCUAAGUAGUUAUAAACGUGUAAAAAUAAUCUCUUCAAGCGGACGGAAUGUGUGUUUUAGACUAUAACUAUUCGAUCAGGAAAUAGUUCUAACAUUAAGUUUGACAUCACAGCAAAGGCAGAAAAUUGCUUCUGUUGAAGCAAUCUAUUCAAUAGCAGAUUCUAUUUGCAUCUCAUAUGUCAAUGGUAGCUAACAAACAGAUUAAAUUCCUCAUCGGGUGCAACAUAUUUGUACAAUGUAAUUAAAAUUAAGAUAAAAUUAUUGUGAA